AUGCUCGUCUCCGCACUGCUGAUCUCUUCAGUUGUCGGCACGCCGAUCCGGAGCGCCAACGACUCGCAACUUGCUGGCAUCGGCCGUCAGCGCCGGGAUGCGAGCACGCCGGUUGGUAUUGGCGCCUGCCCCAAAGAUCGACCGUUUGUUUGCUACGUCUUCGACGAGCUCGCUGAAGACUACCCUCCAUGGCUAAAGCAAUUGGGCGAUACCAGUAUUGCGGACGAGGCGAAGUGUGCACUCUGCGCCGUGGCGACGACAAACGUCUGCGGUGAAGACUAUGCAUUUGCCUCUGCUGCCAGCCUAGGGGAAAGAUCCCAAACCAAGCGCUGCCGUCCUAAAUUCUGCCCAAAGGCAGCCGCACAAGACGAUUGUAUUGCUCCCAUCAAGUUGGCAGCCGGAUACCUGCAGACGGAUAAAACACCACUCGAGAACAACCCCUACGACGUCUUCGAUCCACUGCAGCCCAAGUACUGUCCGAAGGGCGGUCGUCAAGCUGGUGAAAAGUGUGACCCGAUGCAUCUCUGCAUGCCUGACCCACAAGCCAUCGAUCCGAAGGGCUCCCCUCCAUCCUACGCGCUUCGUCGGGCACUGUCGGGCCCGUACGCCUCGUUGAAGAGCGAGGAAGAGACGAUCGACCUCUGGCAGAGUCUAAAAGUUCCCGAAACCCCUGCCGAGCAGACCUCCGUCGACAAGGAGAAGGCAGAAGCACAACACGGAGAUCGUCUCAAGCGUCAGGGUUCCGCACUUCCAGCCGUCUCCUAUCCACGCUGCAUCAAGACCGACGGGUUGCCGGCCGAUCAGAAGGCCAUCGUACAAGCCGACGAACUGCUUGAUUGCGACAAGAACCCCUUCUACAAGGAACUGGGCCACGAAUCGCUGACCGUCACCAAGUUGCCCAUUUGCAGUGAGGUCGAUCCGAAUCAGAAAUUCUGCCGAACCUCCGCGGACAGCCAGUCAACAAAACCCACCGCAACAACCCCGGCUCCAGAAGGGUUUCUCGACCGGCUUACUGUUCCGGAACCCUGGGCAUUGGUCAGCUUCGUCCUCGCCUGCAGCGUCAACGGGUUGACGGCCAUCGCAAUAGCCGUCGCCUGUUAUAUUCGAUUCGGACGGCCGGAAAAGGACGACGAUGAUGAUGAUGAUGAGGAGAUGGAUUCGCAUUCUCGCAAGCACGACUCGUCCAAGAAGAAAACGGGCGACGACGACGACGCG